UGAAGAACACAACAAUGAUAGAUCUCCUCUAUUUAGAAUUUAGCCCUUCUCUUUUAAUCAUCGUUUUUACAAUCUUUUUACUUUCUUUCCUUGUUUGUAAAAGACAUCCUCGUAAACCCUAUCCCCCGGGCCCGAAAGGUUGGCCGUUGCUCGGCUGUGUCGCCAUGGCGGACAAGCUAACACAUCGCGCCUUGGACAAGCUCGCCGCCCAAUAUGGCGAUAUUGUUCAUCUACGGAUCGGAUUUCUCCAUGUAAUCUCAAUAUCGAGCCCUAAUGUAGCUCAACAGAUACUCCAAGCCCAAGACCACAUCUUCUCGAACCGGCCGGCAAACAAUGCCGUAACCUACCUAACCUACAACCGGGCCGACAUGGUUUUCGCCAAUUGUGGCCCCUUUUGGCGCCAAAUGCGCAAACUUUAUGUCACAAAGCUCUUUAGCCCAAGACGAGUCGAGUCGUGGGAUUCCAUCCGGAUUGAAGUCGAUAAAAUGAUCUCGGCUGUGGCUACCAAGGCGGGCACGGUGGUGAACAUCGGAGAUCUCAUGUUUAGGCUCACUCAAAGCAUCGUUUACCGGGCUGCAUUCGGGUCGGGCUUAUCCGAGGGCCAAGAUGAGUUUAUCAAGAUUGUCCGAGAUAUCUCAAAGCUCUUUUGUUUGUUUGAUUUUUCGGAUUUUUUCCCUUUCAUAAAAUGGAUCGAUCCUCGAGGGGUUAAUGUAAGGUUGCGCGCGACUAGGGCUGCGCUUGAUCGGUUUAUCGACGCGGUUAUUGCCGAGCAUGAGGUGAGAAGGGAAGUCGAGAGUUGUGGUAGAGAUAUGGUGGAUGAGUUGAUGUCUUUUUGGAGUGAAGAUGACAAAGUUUUUGAGGAUGGAAAUGGUUCGAAAAAGUCGAUUAAUUUCACAAGGGACAAUGUCAAAGCUGUUAUAAUGGAUAUUAUGUUCGGCGGAACAGAGACGGUGGCUUCCGGCAUCGAAUGGACACUAUCGGAACUCCUAAGGAAUCCAGUACACCUCAAAAGGGUGCAACAAGAACUCGCCGAUAUAGUCGGCCAAGAUCACCAAGUCGAUGAGGCCGACUUAAAAAACCUAACCUACCUCAAUUGUUGCAUAAAAGAGGCCCUCCGGCUCCACCCCCCGAUCCCGAUUCUCCUCCACGAGACUGCCGUCGACGCCACCGUCAACAGCUACCACAUCCCCAAAAGAUCGCGCGUCAUGAUCAACGUAUGGGCCAUUAGCCGUGACAAGCAGGCGUGGGAAGAUCCCGAGGAGUUCAAGCCCGAGCGGUUUCUCAAAGACGAGGGCCCCGACUUUAAUGGACAAUACUUUGAGUUUAUUACAUUCGGGUCGGGUCGCAGGUCCUGUCCUGGAAUGUAUUUUGGGCUUUACACUGUGGAGCUGGCGCUUGCGUGCCUACUCCACGGAUUUUUGUGGGAAUUGCCCGAUGGAAUGUCGCCGGAGAAGAUGGACAUGAAUGAUGUGCCGGGUCUCGGGUCUAUCCGCUCGAACCGCCUAGCGGCCGUGCCGAAGUUGCGACUUGGUUAAAAUUUCUAUUUUUAAGUGAGAGGGAAUUUUGUUGAUCUUUCUUUGUGGUUGGAUUUGCUCGUUUAUGAUUAUUUAUAUAUAUAUAUAUAUAUAUUGAGUUGUGAUUUGAAAAUAGUAGUAAUAUAAAUAAAUAUUUAAUGACAUAUUUUAAAUUUAAAAAAUAUUC